AUGUCUUUUCCUCUACCAAUACCACCUUGCGCUAAGAGAGAUGGUCUAAGCAGUUUAAGCUGUGAACGUUUUGAAUAUGCAAGUAGUAUGGCUUCAACAUUAUUAGCACCGGUUAAAACAGAACGAGAAAUUCUCGAGCAUUCUAUGUCUGAGGAUGAUCCCAACGCCAAUACACAGUUAUCAAGUGAAAUAGCUAAGCAGCCUAGAUGGGGCCCACGACAUCGAGGUGCUCAAGAACUAGCCGAAUUGUACAGUCCGGGAAAGAGACUUCAGGAAUGGGUGUGUGUGGUGUUUUGUUGCACAUUAACUAUUUGUGCAGGCAUACUCAUGGCUAGAUAUAUCAGAGCAGAUGCGUCACUAUUAUUUGCAGCUAUAGCUGGAGUUUUGACAGCAGAUUUUGCUUCAGGAGUAGUGCAUUGGGCUGCUGACACUUGGGGAGCUGUAGAUUUACCUUUGAUUGGCAAGAAUUUUUUACGACCGUUUCGAGAGCAUCACAUCGAUCCUACGUCAAUUACACGUCAUGACUUUGUCGAAACAAAUGGAGACAAUUUUGCUAUUACAAUUCCUGUACUGGCGAGAAUUGUUUGGCAGCUACUAACAUACGAUACCGACGUUAUUGAAAAGCAAUUUCAUUGGAUUGCGUAUUGGUAUCUAUGCUGCAUAUUUGUGGCAAUGACUAAUCAGAUUCAUAAAUGGUCGCAUACAUAUUUUGGAUUACCAAUAUGGGUAAUUUGGUUGCAAGAAUGGCACGUUGUGUUACCACGUCGUCACCAUCGUAUACACCACGUAGCGCCGCACGAGACUUACUUUUGUAUUACCACAGGCUGGUUAAACUGGCCUUUGGAAAAGUUGCACUUUUGGUCUACGCUCGAGGUUGUUAUUGAAGCUUUAACUGGUUGUAAGCCUCGAGCCGACGACAUGAAAUGGGCCCAAAAGCAUUCCUAA